AUGCUAUCGGAAAAGUCAGAAUUAUUAUUUGAUGACGAAGAUAUUCGUAUGAUGACAGCAUUCAAUGUUUUCUGUGGUAUUUCAUUAUAUAACGCUAAACUUUAUCAAGCGUCACUUGAUCUUUCCAAACAAUUAACAAUCUUCACAGAAAUGUCCAGUGCAAUUAAAGAAGAUUCCAGUGACCAAACACUUAAAUCAAUCAUCAUGAAUGCAAAGAACACAUUGGGAGCAUCAGGAGCUGUUCUUUAUAUAUAUAACUCUGAUGAUAAAUCAUUCCAAGUUAAAGAUCAAGUAGGAAAAGGUGCAACAAAUGGUACAACAUUUGCAGAAAAAGAAGUUCAAGAUCGAGAAGACAAAAUCUUCCAACCAGAUGAUAUCUACAACCUUCUUUUCCCUGCACAAUCAAAUAACAACUCCAAACUUGGAAAAGAUGAUCCUGAUGACAGUUUCGACUCAAUUUCAAGUCGACCAAUCACUCAUACUAAACCAGGAAAGACAGGAAGUGCAAGAGUAUCAAUGCUUCUCUCUACAGCAACAACAGCACAACUUCCUGAUUCGAUUUCUUCCAUUAUCACGAAUGAAAAGUUUUUCAGAUUCUUAUAUGCUAUUCGAAGUAUGUACAAGAAAGUUCCAUAUCAUAACUGGCGUCAUGCUGUUGAUGUCACACAAUUUGUUACUUAUCAGAUCAUGAUUUCCGGUCAUGAAAAAGUUUUCACGAAAUUUGAAUUCAAUUUAGUUGUUGCUGCAAUUUGUCGUGAUGCAAAUCAUGAUGGUUUCACUAAUAUCUACAACAUUAAAGCUGAAACACCACUUGGUAUUCUUUACAAGAACCAGUCCGUCAUGGAAACACACCAUUGUUCAAUUGCAAUCCAAAUUAUGUCACACGAAGAAACAAAUUUGUUGGCCACAUUAAACCAAGACGAAUGCAACGAAAUUUGGUCAUUGAUCAUCCAAUACAUCCUUGCAACAGACAUGGCACGCCAUUUCGAGAUUUUGAAGCGAUUCAUUGAUAUCUAUGAUGACAGUGAUUUCACAACGCAACGCCAUGAUCACCGCGUUAUGUUGUUGUAUAUGAUUCUUAAGUGUGGUGAUAUUUCAAACGUUUCUCGUCCAUUCGAACUUGUUGAUAGAUGGUGUGAUUAUUGCCUGAAGAAUGAUAGAAGCCAUUUAGAUAAAGCUAAAUCGCAAAUUGAUUUCUACACAUUUGUUACACUUCCUAUGUUCCAAGCUGCAGUUAAAGCUGUUCCUGCUUUAAAUGUAAACAUGCGCCAAGCUUUGUCUUUCAAUUUGGAAGAGAAAACACGCAGAAGAACUUGA